AUGCACAUCGGGGGAAAACCCGCCUCGGCGUGGCUCCAAGCUGGAGAUAACGUUGACGACCUGGACUACUCCAGAGACGAUAGGGGCUUGAUUCGGGUGGACAAGAAGCCCGCGCCAAAGGCAAGGCUUUCGGCGCCGGUCCCUUCUGCUCAGGCCACAGCUGACAUCGUAGAGAGGGACUUUGGGUCCAUGUCUAUUCUAGAGUCCUCGUGCACUGCUCUCAUAAUAGCCUUCCAAGGUAGGCCGAGCACCCAUUAUCGUUACAAUUCUCGACUGGUAGGAGUCCUCAGUGGCGGUCCGGCCGGUGUAAUCUAUCCUGCUCCACACAACGACGCCUCGCUCUCCACGGCCUUCCUGAAUGCAGGGGGGUGGCCGACACAGGGGCUCCUCUCCUUCAUGGUCGGCUUGCCGGCGUCCGUGUUCUCCCUCGUCGGCGCCGACUCGGCUAUCGGCGUAAGACGCUUCCGGGCUAAACACCGAGAAUCCUCUCCACGCGCCCCUGGCACCAUGUCUUCGCGUCUUCCUCCCGAAUGCUACGAUCAUCUGCCAGGGAACGAGGAGUUCUUCCAGAGAGUUACUUCCUAAGGACGGGCGAGAAAACCCGCCCCGUGAAGGUCUUAGCUGCGCUAACCACACGGGAUUGGAUGCUUUCUAGCUUGACCGUCGCACCUCCAUCCCCAUCUAUAAUACUAUCGGCUUUACCGGGCUAAUAUUCGUCCUUCUUUCGCUGAUCAUCCUCGACUCAAGCGUCGCGUUCAACAUCGUCGUAAACCUUAGCAUCGCCGGCCUGGAUUCGUCCUACCUACUCUGUUGUAGUUUGCUUCUCUGGC